CUAAUGUUGCAGAAAGUUGGGGAAAUGAAUGGAGAUAACCAGAGUGAGGACUCAGAGUUCCUGCUCCUGGGGAUCUCAGAGAGUCCUGAGCAGCAGCAAAUCCUGUUUUGGAUGUUCCUGUCCAUGUACCUGGUCACGGUGGUGGGCAAUGUGCUCAUCAUUCUGGCCAUCGGCUCUGACUCCCGCCUGCACACUCCCAUGUACUUAUUCCUGGCCAACCUUUCUUUCACUGAUCUCUUCUUUGUCACCAACAAUCCUAAGAUGCUGGUAAACCUCCAGUCACAGAACAAAGCCAUCUCCCACGCAGGGUGUCUGACACAGCUCUACUUCCUGGUCUCCUUGGUGACCCUGGACAACUUCAUUCUGGCUGUGAUGGCAUAUGACCGCUAUGUGGCCAUCUGCCGCCCCCUCCACUAUGUUACAGUCAUGAGCCCUGACCUCUGUUUCCUGCUACUCAUCUUGUGUUGGGGUCUCUCUGUCCUCUAUGGCCUCCUCCUCACUCUCCUCAUGACCAGGGUGACUUUCUGUGGGCCCUGACGGAUCCACUACAUCUUCUGUGAGAUGUACGUCCUGCUGAGGCUGGCGUGUUCCAGCACCCACAUUAUUCACACAAUGUUGGUUGCCACGGGCUGCUUCAUCUUCCUUACCCCCUUAGGGUUUAUGAUUGCAUCCUAUGUCCACAUUGUCAGAACCAUCCUUCAAAUACCUUCAGCCUCUAAAAAAUACAAAGCUUUCUCUACCUGUGCCUCCCAUUUGGGUGUGGUCUCCCUCUUUUAUGGGACACUUGCUAUGGUAUACCUGCAGCCACUCCAAACAUACUCCAUGAAGGACUCGGUAGCCACAGUGAUGUACGCUGUGGUCACGCCCAUGAUGAACCCUUUCAUCUACAGCCUGAGGAACAAGGACUUGCAUGCGGCUCUUGGAAGACUCCUAGAAAAACCUUUCCAGAGGCUGAAAGAAGGGCAAUUUUGA